UGACUGCACCAAGGCGGAAUCAGGCUGUUUUUUCUUGUUUUCAAUCUCGUCACAAUCUAGGUUUUUACUCAAGCCCCUCCAGGAAAAGCCUGCCCUCUAGGCUCUAGUCAUGUUAGCCUUGCCACAAAAUGCAUUCCCUCUAGUUAUUGCUGCUCCUAACCCAGUCACUAUAACAUUACUAAUUAGCCCCCCCAUAACAGUGUCUGUUAACUGUUGGCAUGGUUGGUGAAUUACUUUAUAUUGGAAACCUUGAUUUAUAUUAGGACGUCGUGUAUUUUGGGUUUAAUUAUGAGAUUAAAUCAGGAAAUAUUAAUAUUUUUAGUCCAGGAAGGAAGAAGAAAUUUUCUGCAGGCAAAGUGAUGUUGUAAUUGGACAGAAUUUUUUUUGUUUGUUUGUAAGAUGCACUUUUCCCUCCAUGAAUUGCAGGCAUGGAAAUCCAUGACAGGAUCAGAAUGUUUUGUCAAGGCUGGAUGGGUCCACGAUAUGCAACUUCACACAUACCAAUCUGGGUCCGGGAAGACCAGAUAUGUGGUGAUUGGCAGGGUGAAACACAGCCAGAGAAUGACAGCAACCCCUCUGAUUCCAUGAAUGGAAGUAGCCUGUAGCCAUGUUGCUGCAUUAAUAUCAAGUGUUGUAAAAGCCAACCAGUUGAGGAAAGCUCCAGGAUCAGAUGCCUGUACUUCUCAGAAGUGUGCAUGGCUACCAGCAAAAAGAAAUGUAUGUGCUGCAGAAGUGAAGCACAUCAAUUUCAGAAAGCCUUUAACAAGUACCUGCAAGAAACCUCAGACAGAAGCUGCUAUAGCACCCCCUACAUCAGAUCAACUGGCCGUAUUCCAUGCCUCUCUCCAGCAAGUAUCAGCUCGGCCAGUUGUUCAUCGUGUCAUGGAUGCUUAUGCCCAAGAAUUUAUUCCCCCUUCUGCUACUGACAAGUACCCAAAGGCCCUCUCAUCUCUCCAUGACCCGGACAGUUUGGACCUGACUUACCCUCACUUUCUUCAGAAAUGUGCUACUGUCAGUGACUCAAUAAAGAUAACAACACAGCAGUGUCAAGCUGUGGAAGAGGGAACUAAAGGUCAGGCUAACUGCAAGAUCUGGUUGGCCCAGAGAGCUGGUCGUAUUACUGCUUCAAAUUUCAAAAGUGCUGCAAGAACAAAUCCUGCCAUGCCAUCAUAGGGUCGUCAUGAGAGUCAGUAUUGAUUCAGCGUUGUUACCAACUUUAUUUGCAAGAACGACCGAGAAGGUUGCGAUAGAAUUGUAAGCUAACUGUUGACUGAAUUGGAGAAUUGAAAAGCAGACUAAUACUGCAUACUGGAUACCGGAUCUGGAUACUGGAUACUGAAUACUGAGGAGCUGUACAAUGAUGCAUUACUUAUAUACAGUUAAAAACAGGAUGUAGUUAAAGUCAGUCACAAAACUUAAGAAAGGAAGGUCUUAGUCACAUGUCUUAGCUGGAUUCUUAGAACAAUGACUGUGAAUGAAUAAUUUCACCUUAAAACUAAGUCCUUGGUGGAUGAUAGUACAAGCUUAAAUGAAGCAUGCUGAAGUGUGCCACAGCCUCUGGGCUAACAAGGUGAAAUAGGCGGAAACAAUAUUCACUGUACAAGACACCGUGUGGGUGUACUCUUACAAGGAAAAUGCAGUGAGUAAUGUGUCUACGAAAUGGCAAACAGGAUAUAUACAGGUAAUGAAAAAGUUGUCAAAGUUAAAAAUGAAGAUUCUGAAAGCUAAAUUCACUAAAAGAAAUAAAUGCAAAUAAUUCAAGUAAUUGUGCAGAAAACGCUACGCCAUCAGCAAGUCUCAUCAAGAAAAUUUGCGAUCCAGAGGCUUUUCGGUUCUCAACGGCAGCAACAAGGUACAUGUGUGUACUGUGUUUGUUAUGCAGUGACACAAGGUAAAAACCCUGGUCACGGGGGGGGGUUUGGAAUUGCCAGCUAGGAUAUUAUGAAAUUGACAAUUAAUAAAACAUGUUACUUUAACAACUGUUGAAAAGGAUGACAAUGGAUGGGAAUAAUUACGAGCGUCAUUUUAGCCAGCAAGCACUUUGCAGUAGUUUUUUUUUAGAUUUUGUUGGCAUUUGUAUUUCACUGUAUAAAUUAUAGACCUUUUUAGUUUUUCCCCUUACUGUCCUAUACAUGUAGGUUCUUUGUUUGGUGUUUACUUACCAUUUCCUGUUCUCUAUUGUAGUGGUAACAGCAUCCGAGGUAAGCUUUUUUUCCUGGAAUUCCUUCUUACAAUAU